UCGCUUGACGUCAAAACACCGGCAUCAGUGAAUGCAUUUGACAAAAAAAAUAUUAACCGCGUAAUAAAUACUGAGCAUAGUAUAAUGUGUGUGUGUGUGUAUAUAUAUAUAUAUAGCGAGAGAGAGAGAGAGCAAAACAGCUUAUGGAAGCGGGUGUCACACGUCCGACGUGUUCGGCCGAUUUGGAUGACAACUUCCGGGCUAGCUAGCAAGCUUAGUGGCGGGCCAGAGUUUAAGGAGAUUUUCAUGCCUUAAAUUGUCUUCCUGCUCUUUUCAGGGUUGCGGUCGUGCUGGAGCCUAUCCGAGCUCUGUCUUCGGGCGAGAGGCAUGGUACACCCACAACUGGUCGCCAGGCAAUCGCAGAUGAUGACGCUGCUAUGAUGUCAUCAGAGUCCAAGCCCCCCGCUCCCACCCCGGGAGACAUGUACAAGGGCUGGCUCUUCAAGUGGACCAACUACAUUAAAGGUUACCAGAGACGCUGGUUCGUCCUCAGUAAUGGACUGCUCUCAUAUUAUCGGACCCAGGCCGAGAUGGGCCACACGUGUCGCGGCACCAUCAACCUGGCCACGGCCAACAUCGUCGUGGAGGACUCGUGCAACUUCGUCAUCUCCAAUGGGGGCGCCCAGACGUACCACCUGAAAGCGAGCUCGGAGGUGGAGCGCCAACGCUGGAUCACCGCCCUGGAGCUCGCCAAGGCAAAGGCUUUUCCCAUACAGGAUCUGUCCGAUGAGUCGGCGGAUGAAGCGUCUGAAGCCCCCCCUUCUUCGGGACAGGGGGGCGGCCGCAACAUUGAAAUCCAGUCUACGCUGCGCACGCUCAGCAACAAAGUGGAGGACCUUAACACCUGCAAUGACCUCAUUGUCAAGCAUGGAUCAGCACUGCAAAGAUCUUUGUCAGAACUGGAGGGCAUUCAUGCAGCAGCGGACAUGGGUGAGAAGAUCAGACAAGUCACAGAGAGGGCCACGCUCUUCCGAAUCACCUCCAUUGCAAUGAUCAACGUGUGCCAAGACUUCCUGUCCAUGGCUCAGAACCACAGUAAGCGCUGGCAGAAGGCCUUGCAGCUGGAGAAAGCGCAGAGGAUUCGCUUGGAGGACACUCUGGAGCAAUUGGCCAAGCAGCACAACCACCUAGAGAGAGCUUUCAGGGGAGCCACCGUGCUUUUGCCGUCGUACAGCAACAUGGAUUUGGGUAGCAAAGGUGGAAUGUCAGGAAAGGGGGAUGCCAGCGACGAGGAUGAUGACAACGAGUUCUUUGACGCCAUGGAGGACCCGGCAGGGUUCAUCACCAUCCCCGCUGACCCAAAAUAUCACAGGAGAUCUGACAGCAGUGUAAGCAGGCUGAGCAAUGAGACCGGCAUGGACGAUCAGUCGGUAAAUUUUGAUGAGCUGUCACUGGCAUCCAGUCUCGAGUCCCCACAGCCCUUGGAGCUGGAGCCUGUCAGGCAACGACGGACACGCAUCGCAGAAAAGCCCAACUACUACCUCAACCUGUGGAGCAUCAUGAAAAACUGCAUCGGCAAGGAGCUCUCCAAGAUACCGAUGCCCGUGAACUUUAACGAGCCUCUGUCAAUGCUGCAACGCCUGUCCGAGGACCUGGAGUACUACGAGCUGCUGGACAGGGCGGCCAAGUGUCAGAGCUCCCUGGAGCAGAUGUGCUACGUGGCCGCCUUCACCGUGUCGUCCUACUCCACCACCGUCCACCGCACCGGCAAGCCCUUCAACCCUCUGCUGGGGGAAACCUUCGAGCUGGAUCGCCUGCGAGAGUGUGGCUACCGCUCUCUUUGCGAGCAGGUGAGCCACCACCCGCCUGCAGCAGCCCACCAUGCCAUCUCUGAAAAAGGCUGGACGCUCAGACAAGAAAUCACCUUAGCCAGCAAGUUCCGAGGAAAAUAUUUGUCUAUCAUCCCCUUGGGUUCAAUCCAGUGCAUAUUUGACAAGAGCUGCAACCAUUACUCCUGGAAGAAAGUGACCACCACAGUGCACAAUAUUAUUGUGGGCAAGUUAUGGAUUGAUCAGUCAGGGGAGAUCGAUGUGGUCAACCACAAGACAGGCGAUCGAUGCCACCUUAAAUUCACUCCCUACAGUUACUUCUCCAGAGACGUGCCAAGAAAGGUGACGGGCGUGGUUAUGGACAAAGACGGAAAGGCGCAUUACGUGCUGUCGGGCACGUGGGACGAGAAGAUGGAAUUCUCUAGGAUCAUGCAGAGUAGCAAGAGCGAGAACGGCGCUGAGGGCAAACAGAGGACUGUCUACCAGACCCUCAAACCCAAGGAAAUAUGGAGGAAGAACCCCUUACCAGAGGGCACAGAGAGCAUGUACUACUUCUCCACACUGGCGCUGACCCUCAACGAACCUGAGGAGGGCGUGGCACCGACGGACAGCCGGUGGCGGCCCGACCAGCGUCUGAUGGAGGAGGGCCACUGGGACGAGGCCAAUGCCGAGAAGCAGCGGUUGGAGGAGAAGCAGCGCAUGGCUCGUCGGGAAAGGGAGAGGGAGGUCAUCAAAGCAGCCAACAUGCCUGAGGAAGCCUCAACCGUGGAUCCAAACAGUGACUCACCUUUUGAAACUGACGCUGACAAGAUUGGAACGGAAGCGAGUGAGGUUUCAGAUGAAACUGCCCAUCCAGACAGAUACCAGGCGCAGUGGUUCGAGAAGGUGGACGACACCACGUCAGGAGAGAGCUUACACGUCUACAAGGGAGGCUACUGGGAGACCAAGGACAGCGGCGGCAGCUGGGACAUCUGCCCUGACAUCUUCGGACCAUAGGCUAGAAAAUAAGAACAGAAUGAAAGCCCGAUAGAGAUGUCACCAGAAUUUUUUUGUUAGUUUUUUUUUUUUUUGUCAACUAGACAAGAAUAAAGUCAGAAGAAUAAAUUUGUCAUAUUAGAAAAAAUAAUAAUAAUCUGAUAAGAAAAGUAAUUUUACAAGGAAAAAAAAUCUGAAUUGUUGAGAAACUUUAUCAUGGAAUUAGAAUGUCCUAAAGUUACGAGAAAAAUAUUCAAUGUUCAAGAAAAAAUAUUACAAAGAAAAAAUGUCCUAAUUUUAUGAGAAAACAAUUUAAUAUUGUAAGAAUACAAUUGUUGUUUUUUAUAUUACAAAAAGAAAAAAUAUGUAAGAAAAAAGUAAUAGUUUUUUUUUUUUUUAAUGUUAUGAGAACAAAUUUACUUUUGUGAGGAUAAAGUUUCACUUUUAGAAGUAAAAGUGUUAAUAUUACAAGAUUUAAUAGUAAAUUUGCGAGAAUAAAGUUAUGAUUUUACAGGUAAAAAUGUUAAUAUUGCAGGACAAUCCUGUAAUAUGAGAAUAAAGUCAACAUUUUAUAAGGUUUUAAUUUUACAAGGUUGUAAUAUGAGAAUGAAGUUACAAUUUUACAAGUAAAAAAAUUAAUUACAAAAAAUAUUCUAAGUUUAGAGAAAGUUUUACAAGUAAUUUUUUUUAAAUUACAGCGGAAAAAAAUAAGGUCAUAGUAAUAUUACAACAAAACGUUGCAAUGUUAUGUGAAUAGUGUUAAUUUUACAAUAUUUUUUUACGGUAGUCAAUCUCAUCCAUCCGUUUUCUGAGCCGCUUCUCCUCACUAGGGUCGCGGGCGUGCUGGAGCCUAUCCCAGAUAUCAUCGGGCAGGAGGCGGGGUACACCCUGAACUGGUUGCCACCCAAUCGCAGGGCACAUACAAACAUACAACCAUUCGCACUCACAUGGACACCGACGGGGAAUUUAGAGUCUCCAAAUCAUGCAUGUUUUUGGGAUGUGGGAGGAAACCGGAGUGCCCGGAGAAAACCCACGCAGGCACGGGGAGAACAUGCAAACCCCACACAGGCGGGGCCGGGGAUUGAACCCGGGUCCUCAGAACUGUGAGGCAGACGCUCUAACCAGUCAUCCACCUAGUCAAUCUCAGUGAACAAUAUUAUAAGAAGAAAAUCUAAAAUCUACAAAUAUGAGAAUAAAUUUAUGGCAUACUUUCAGAAAGAAAAAACAAAAAAUCUAAUCCUACCAUGGAAAGAAAUCCAAAUUUUGUGAGAGAGAAGACGCAAUUUGAUGAGGAAUAAAACAUUUUUUUAUGAAAAUAAGUUUGUAACUUGACAGGAAAAAACGUUUAUGUUAACAUGCUGUUACAUUAUGCAAUGGCUGCCAAAACCAUUUUUCCCAUUGGAAAUAAUGUAAAGUCAAUUCCUGUGUUCAGGAAUCAGUCUAUCACCAUCCUAAAAACCUUCAGAGGCAAGACUUUCAUCUAAAAAGUCGAACACUGUAUAAUAAAAGUCAAAUAAAGUGAACUUACUUAAGAGGAAAAUGUAUGCUUCUGUACAGUAUAUGCUUUGCUACAAACUGAAGGACUAUGCAGUGGAUGAGAUUCCUGCAUUUAUUUUACUUAAGUGUACUUACUUUCUGUUUCUAAUGUGAACAAUAUACAUUUGGUGUGAAAUACUGGUUGCCCUUUUUACAUAGUGUAGUAUAUCCUUUAUUUAUUUUGUUCCAUAUACAGUGGCUCCUUGACAAGUUAAGUAAAAUAUCGGCCAAAUGACCGCUUGUAUCGAAAAACUCACGUUGGGUCACUCGUAUCUCAGGGCGCCACUGUUUAUAGCCUAUCCACCCCCUCUUCCCCCAACAUUCACUAUUCCCAAUCAUGUUUGAGUUAACGGAUUAAUUCUGUUCGUUUUUGUAAUUUCUGAUGUAAUUUCUACACCCAAAAUAUACUUGUAUAUACUUUCUGUAUGUAAAAUAUUUUUAACAGGAUAUACUUUCUGGUUUAAUUUAAUUUGUGAUUAUCCACUCCAUUUUUGUUUAGCAUUAUUCCUCUACACUGGCAUUGAAGCAGGAGUUCAGAACAUUCAUUGAUGUAAAUGGUUAUGUCAAAUUUAAAAAUGAUGUGUACAUUUAUGUGAAAAAUAUUGCCAUUUUGCAAGAAAGCGUUUUGAGUAUUACAACAAUUUUCUCUAAUCUGAAAACAUUGUCUUAAGAAUAUAGAUUUUUUUUUAGUGAUUGCAGUAAAAAUUAAUUGAUUUCAGAAGAAAGUUUGCAUAUUUUGAAAAUAUAAGAAUUUGUUGUACAAUGAAGAUUCUAAUUCAAAAGAUUUAGUGAAAAUUAAACACUUUACAACAAUAAAAUUGAAAUAUUGAGGAAAAACUCAUUCAAGAUUUUUUUUUAAUAUGAGAACAAAAAAAAUAUUAAUGAAAAAGAUGCAAUUUAACCAGAAAAUGUGAAAUUAUAAUAGUUGUAUUUUUAUGAGAAACUUAUAAUUUCCCAAAAGAUUUGAGUAGCUCAAUAAUAGAUUUUGCAGAGUGCAUUUUGAAGAAGACACGGUAAAGGUUAAUUGUGAGAAUAAAGUGUAAUUUCUUGAGAAUUUUGGGACAAAUUUGGAUUUUUGUUUCUUAUUUAUUUUGAUUAUUAUUUUUUUAACUUUUUUGCCCAAUGAUGUAUGAAUGUGCAUGAAUGGGUGAAAUUGAGGCCUUGUAAAGCACUUUGGCUAUCAUACAGUGUAGCUAAAGCACUAUAUAUGGUAAGUGCUCACCUUUUACUAUUUUAACUUUUUAAUCAUUCUUUCAAAAUGUUGCUUU